ACUACACAUCACAACAUGUCUUCUCCCAGCUACCAUCAACACUCUUGUGGUUUGUUGGAAGACUCUGAAGAGAUACCCAAAGAUCAAUUUACUAGAUUGGUUAUUCAAGCUAUUCAAAGCUUAGGUUAUCCUUCAGUUUCGAAACAGUUGGAAGAGCAAAGUGGAUUAUGUGCUCUGAAUGGACAAGUAGCAGAGUUUUGUGAGUGUAUCUUUUCUGGUGAGUGGUCGAGAGCCGCACAACAUGUGUCUCAUCUAGGAUUGGAAGAUGUGCAAGCACUUGAUAAAGUAAGAUUCCUCAUCUAUGAACAACAAUAUUUGGAGACAUUGGAGAACGGGGAAGUAGAAAGCGCUCUUCACUGUUUACGUUCGCAAGUCACUCCAUUAUGCAGUGAUAUGAAAAGGUUACAACGACUAACAUCUUUAGUCAUGUGCAAAAGUUCGGAAGACCUGAGAAAGCAGUGUGCUUGGAACACUACUGGUCCUAGUAGGAGACGACAAUUGCUAGAAGAAAUUCAACGUUAUAUUCCUCCUUGGAUACUCCCACCACAAAGAAGAUUGCAAGGCUUGGUUAAGCAAGCACUGGAAGCGCAAAAGAAACAAUCUUUUUAUCCAUAUUGUACACCGCCACAACCAAGUUUAUUAGAAGAUUUGAAAUACUGUCCAGAAAAAGUCCCCCAUUUAGCAUAUGCAACUCUUCGAGGACACAAGGAUGAAGUUUGGUUUGUUGCUUUUUCUCAUUCGGGUCGUUACUUGGCGUCCUUAUCAAAAGAUCGAAUCGUAUUGAUAUGGCGUUUGGAUUGUCUGGACAAGUAUAGUGAUGAGCAAGUUUCUUUUGCAGCAGAACAGUUGAUUGACUCUACAGUUCAAUCUAUGCCAUCUCAUUUGACCGAAACCUUAGAUUCUGGUUAUACCAAUGGCUUAGUUCAUUCCGUGAAUGGAGAGCAACCAGAGUCGAAUACUGGAAGAAUGGAUCAUUCAGUAAAAGGUUACAUAGAAGGAGAACGAGUAGUUUGGUUAUUAAAUGGUCAUGAAGACGAUAUUACAUUUUUAGCUUGGAGCCCAGAUGAUUGUUAUUUGGCAACAUGUAGCAAUGAUCAUACGGUUUUGGUUUGGGAAGUUUUUAGUGGUCAGUGUAAAUGGAAGCUGAGUGAUCAUAAGGAAAUUGUUUCUUCUUGUGCUUGGUUAUCGAAUGGUUGUCGUUUAGUUACGAGUGGUCCAGAUGAAUAUAUUUAUGAGUACGAUUUGUUGAGUGAACAUCCCACCUCUCCAGUAUGUUUUUAUAGAAGCAAGAAGACUGCUGAUUUGGUAGUUACUCCUGAUGAUAGUAAAAUUAUAGCAGUUGCUGAAAGAUAUAUUCAGAUAUUCGAUCGCAGCACCCAGUUAGAAGUGGCUUCGCUAUUAGAAAUUGCUUCCAUUACUUCGUUGAGUUUAUCCAAAGAUGGAAAUUAUUUACUAGUCAAUAUGUCCAUGAGAAGUGCUUCCAAUUAUUCCGAUGGAGAAGCAGAAAUUCAUUUGUGGGAUUUAACCAAGCGGAAAGUCAUUCAAGACUAUCGUGGUCAGAGACAAAUCAAUUUUGUGAUUCGAUCAACAUUUGGUGGACAAGGUGAAGUAUUCGUUGUCAGUGGAAGUGAAGAUACCAGUGUAUAUGUAUGGUUUAGAGAUUCUGGAGAUUUGGUAUAUCGUUUGGAUGGUCAUCAUGCUACUGUCAGUUGUGUUGAUUGGAAUCCUAAGGAUCCUUUUCUGUUUGCUUCAGCCAGCGAUGAUCAUUCCAUAAUUCUGUGGUCUAAUAGGGAACGGCUUGACCAAAGAUACAAUAAUAUUAUUCAAUGAGAGAAAUAAGAAUUUUUGGCUAAACAGAUUAUACAAAGCUUAAAGAAUGUAUUGAACUGUGUUGGAAAAAUGAUAAACCCAUUUGAUUGGAU